AUGACCUCAACGGGUGGCUUACAAAGACGACGAAACGCUGCAACUAUAAACUCAUCAUCACACGAGACAAGCUAUACACAGAAUAUAGAUCGGACUAUACUAGGGGAUAGUGGAGUAAGAGUUGCUGUUGAUCCGCAUGAUCUGGAAGAUGAUGCUGACAAGAAGCAUCCAUUACUUACACUUAUGGAAGAAGUAUUAUUACUUGGAUUGAAGGACAAGCAGGGAUAUCUUUCAUUCUGGAACGACAAUAUUUCAUACACUCUCAGAGGUUGCAUCCUCAUCGAACUUGCAUUUCGUGGACGAAUAUCAAUGACAAGAGAUCCUAAUAGACGCAGACUACCUUUGUCAGAUCGCCAUAUUGAAGUCAUCGACGAUAAAUUGACUGGAGAAGUAUUACUGGACGAAGCACUGAAGAUGAUAAAGGCGAGUGAGAAGAUGAGUGUUGGCAAUUGGAUCGAUUUGAUGAGUGGCGAAACAUGGAAUGUAAUGAAGAUAGGUUAUCAACUGAAACAAGUGCGAGAACGUCUGGCUAAAGGCUUAGUUGAUAAGGGUAUUUUACGUACCGAGAAACGUAACUUUCUUCUCUUCGAUAUGGCCACACAUCCUGUUUCUGAUACGUCUGUUAAGGAAGAAAUAAUGCGUCGCAUAAUCACAACGUUGGUUACUCACUCUUCUGUAACCGCAUCAUCGGAGCCUGAAAUACCAUACAGCCAUCUGAGAACUGUCGCUAUGGUCUGCGCCGCAUAUGCUGCUAACGUGUUGGAGAAUGCAUUGAUGAGCCUGAAUCAUGAAAUGAGAGAGCGAGCAUACAGUAAAGUUGAUGAACUGCUGAGCGAUUACAGUGUCUGGCCAUUUACAGCAAGAGGAGUAGAGAUUCCCGAGGGAAAGGAAUUGCAGGUCGAAGUGGCAGCAGCAGUAUUAAAUGUAUUUACAAAAAUGGAUAGUCUGUUGUGA